AUGGACCUCAUAGAUCUAUAUCAUGCUUACGACCAUCACGCAGCGUUUAAUGAUGACAAUGUAUUUGACGACAAGCUAAUGGAAAAUGGUGUAACGACAGCACCAAAGGAUUCGCUGAAAAUGAAGAAACCACGAUUUGUCCCCUGGGAGCCGUACAAAGCCGCACCCAGCCCGGAUAGGAAAGGUGAAGCUCCACAAAAACUGCCAACUUUGAUUCCUUAUGGAGGAGUUAUGCUUGAUGAAAAUUCCAAUAAGAAAACUUUUGAAGAUAAUAUUCUAGUAGAUGCCAGAAGAUAUCGAGCAAAACUUGAAAGUGAUGUGGAGUCAGAGGAGGUCACGGCCUUAAAGAAAGAGUUGGAAGAAGUGAAAUCGCAGCUGGAAUUGGAACGAAAGCUGAAUGCAGAGUUGAAACGUUUGAUGGUGGCGACGAUAAGCGAUGAA